CAUCACCCUCUUGCGCAGAGCAAGCUUCUCCUCCUCCUCUUCUGCCUCCUCUUCACCACCAAACACCGCGAAGGCCACUCCUCUUCACGCCGUCAUUGACCCGCGAUUCCGCUGUGAGGGUGGAAUCUUUUGCUUCCCCUUCUCAUCGACCAGCAGUCAGCCCGCAUCCCCCCCCCUCUUAAUGCCACCCCGCGCCGCGACGAGCUCCCCCUCCUCGAUCCUCAUCACGCGGGCACAUCGACGAAUGUGCCGUGCACAACGGUAGAACAGACGGCAGGCGACUUUGAGUCUUUGCGCUUGCUGCUUGGGGACGAGAAAGACUGGAGAUUUUCUCUUUGAAAAGUAAAAGGGGAUUCGUUUGUCUGCAACAAUCUCGCAUUACACACACACACACAUACACCGCUGCUGCGUUGAGAGACACAGCAGCGCACAUCCAUCUGCGCGCGAAUCGUAUCUGCAGUUCGCAGGCCCGCAUCUGCAUUGCGCAAGCGUAGCCUCAGCUGCGAUAUAACUCAGCCCAACUUGCGGGGAGGAGCCAGCAUCAUCAUCAUCAGGACGCAGGCAGGGCUUUGGAUGAGCUCUGUCGAGUCUGCGCAUCGCGAACCCUUGCUGUCGAAGCGUCACGACCGACACCGCCCCCGUCGCCGCCUCUCGAAUCUCGUGUACGACGCCAUUAUUGCGUCUGAAGCAGCAGAACACCACCGCGCACCAUCGACACGCAGAACAAACGACGGCAUGUCUACCGCGGACGAGCAAAAGGGCUUCUCCAGCCCCGUCGUCGCCGCCGCCACGACCACGACCGCGACCACGACCGCCACCGCUCACAGCAGCGACAGCAGCCAUGCCCGUCCGCACGACGCCCUCAACGUCGCCGACUACGACGACAACGACGCCGAGACGGUGGCCGCCACGCGCGGGCUGCACAUCCUCGAGGCGCGCUCCGCCCACUGGUACUCGUACCUGCUGACGCCGUCGUUCUGGCUCGUCAUCGCCAUCGGCCAGAUCCUCGCGCUGUGCAUCACCGCCACAAACACCUUCACCUCGUUCCUCUCGGGCGCGCACUUCAACGCCCCCGCCUUCCAGACCUUCUUCAACUACGCCUUCCUCGCCCUCGUCUACAACACCCUGUUCCUCGUCCGCGACGGGCCCCACGCCUGGUGGCGCCUCGCUCGCCGCGACGGCUGGAAGUACCUCAUCAUGGCCUUCCUCGACGUCGAGGGCAACUACUUCACCGUCCUCGCCUACCAGUACACCAACAUCCUCUCGGCCCAGCUCCUCAACUUUUGGUCCAUUGUCUGCGUCGUCCUCAUCUCCUUUUUCCUCCUCAAGGUCCGCUACCGCCUCUUCCAGGUCGCCGGCAUCCUCGUCUGCUGCGGGGGCAUGGGCAUCCUCCUCGCCUCGGACCACAUUACGGGCUCCAACGGCGGGCCCGGCGCCAACAUGAUCAAGGGCGACCUCUUCGGCCUGCUCGGCGCCACCCUCUACGGCACCAGCAACGUCCUCGAGGAGUGGCUCGUCAGCAAGGCCCCCAUGCACCACGUCCUCGCCUUCAUGGGCCUGCUCGGCAUGAUCAUCAACGGCGUCCAGGCCAGCAUCUUUGACCGCGACAGCAUCGCCGCCGCCCAGUGGGACGGCCAGAUCGCCGGCUGGCUCGUCGGCUACACCCUCUGCCUCUCCCUCUUCUACACCCUCGCCCCGCUCAUCCUGCGCAUGGGCAGCGCCGCCUUCUUCGACAUCUCCCUCCUCACCGCCAACUUUUGGGGCGUCAUCAUCGGCGUCCGCGUCUUCGGCCUCACCGUCCACUUCCUCUACCCCAUCGCCUUUGUCUGCAUCGUCAUCGGCCUCUUCGUCUACUUCCUCAGCGGCAACGUCCUUGGCGACUCGCGCAAGCCCUGGCUCGGCGAGAACCAGGAGGGCGGCGUCGCCGGCAUCGGCACCGCCAAGCUGCGCGCCAUCAAGGCCGCCCAGGAGGAGCGCGAGCGUGUCUGAGCGGGCAAGCGAGCAGAACACCGCAUGUUCAUGUCUUUGCGCUGUUUUGUCUCAUGUCGGGUCGUGUUGAGUCGGUGGUCGCUGUCGCUGGAAAAGGAGGAGAGUAUCGCAGAGCUUGGGUUGUUCGGUAGUCGGCUGAGGUGGAAGCCGUUUUGCGCCCGCGCUGCCGACGACUUGUCGAGAAUUUAGGUGCAUGCAGGUAGUCAAGCAGUUGCGUGCUGCAACCAACACAAAAGGUGACAAAACUGCUUCCUCACA